CUCGACCGAGGAGGAGAAGGAAGAAGAAGAAGAAGCAGAGAGAGAGAGAGAGGUAGAGGAGGAGGAGAAGAAUAAAGAGCAGAAUCCGGAGGAAGAGGAGGAGCAGUGUGGAUGUAGCUGUUCGCGGCUGUAACUUUGUGGAUCUGCAGAGACGCAGAGGAUGGGAGUGACCUGCUGCUCCAGAUGUGUCUCAGUCUUCCUGUCGCUGCACAUCUACGACUUCCACUCCUGUGCCACGACGGCGCUGGCCGACUGCAGGAGGGGGCGACGGACCUGUGGGAGAAGCUGAAGAAGGAAUCCCGCACUCUGGAUUUCCGUGGGAGUUUGUUUGAACUCUGUGGCGGCGGCAACGGAGCCCCCCCCUCCUCCGACGCCCGGGGCCUGGCCUGGCUGCUCACCGCGCUGCCCACCCUACUGACUUGGCUGGCG